AUUUCAACACCCGGCACGAGCACUCAUCGCAUGGCCCCGCCAAAGCACAAGCAUGCCUCCUUGGAUACGACAUCGCAGCAUCGAGACCCGUCGCCGCGCCUUCCCGCCUAUGGCACCUUUGAAGAGAGCGACGGCGUGCCCUCCGCACCCUACUGCACCUUUGAGGACAACGACGUCAUGGCGUCGCCCGAGUUCUACCAGCCCCGCCACGUGAAAUGGGUCAUGGUCGCCCUCCUCUCGCUCCUCUCGGGCUUGAACCAAGCGAUUUGCUACUCGUACGCGCCGAUCGCCAAGAUGGCCGAAGCGUCCUGGGACUAUGGCGUCGAGUCGACGACGCUCAUCACCAUCUACUUUAUCGUGUACCUCCCGUUCGCGUUCGUCGGCUCGUGGGUCAUGGACAAGAAGGGCCUGCGCUUUGGCGUGCUUCUCGGCGCGAUCCUCCAAGCGGUCGGCGCGUCCGUGCGGUACCUUGCGACUGCGAACCACGUCGACGCGUCGCUCCAAGUCCCCUUCCUCGUCCUCGGGCAGACACUCGCCGCCAUGGCCAUGCCCUUUAUGGUCAACUCGCCGCCGAUGCUCUCGGCGCUGUGGUUCCCGCCGUCCCAGCGCGCGGCGGCCACGUCGAUCGCUGUCAACUGCAACCAGCUCGGCAUCGCCGUCGUGUACCUCUUGACGCCGUUCUUGGUGCACUCGCCCGACGACGUGGCGCCGUGGUCCGGUCUCAUCGCGCUCCUCGCAUUGCUCUCGACGACGCUCGCAUGCUGCUUCUUCCAGCGCUCGCCGCGCUUUGUCCCGUCGUCCUCCUCCUACGACGCCACGCAGUGGCUCGCAGCCUUCCACCAUGACGGCUUUGGCUUGACCGUGCUCGUCUUCUCGAUGGCCGAGACCGUCAUCAACGUGCUCUCGUCGAUGCUCACGCACAUCCUCAACGUCGACGGCUUCUCCAAGACGCAAGAGGGGCUGAUUGGCGCGGCCUUUAUCGUGAGCGCGCUCUUUGGCGGCCAAUGCCUCUCGGCGUACGUCGACGCGACGAAAGCGCACAAGAAAGCGCUGACGGUCUGCCUGGUCUUGACGGCGAUCGCGCUGCUCCUCUUCGAAUUCGUACUGGCCGUGGCCGAUGAGUUGCCCUACCACGUGGUCUGGACGCUCGUGUGCCUCAUGACCGCGGGCCUCUUCCUCGGACCGCUGCAGCCGAUUUCGCUCGAGCUCGGCGUCGAGUGUGCGCACCCGACGACCGAAGCAACCGUCGCCGCGCUCCAGCAGCUCUGCGGCAACCUCCUCUCGGCGAUCGCGGUCCCGCUCCUGAGCAUCCUAUCGCACUCGGAAGAACCCAUCGCGGAUGACUUUGGCGACGCGACGACGUGGCUCGACAUGCUCGGCACGCCCCAGGCGGUGCUAAGUGUUGCGCUCCUUCUGACCGCUGUCGCCUUUUGCCACUUCAAGGGCAAGUUCAAGCGCUUUGCCAAGGAGUCCAACUCGUCCGAAGACAUUCUUGUGUAAGCCGUGUAAAUGUUGCAUGUGGGAAUGAAUAUAUGAUGGUGUUAACAAUGGG